AUGGGCAUAGACUGUUCAGCCACUCUACCUCACGACUUUAUCUACGGCGUAUUGGAAAUAUUGCGAGAAAGCAACAUUCAAGCAGGCCAUGGAAAGCCUGUAAAGGAAGUUUACCUCGAGACUGCCAUGCACCCCGUGGAAAACGUCUCUUCUUUCUACUUGGGAAUGUCCGGAAGAGGUUUCAAUGCUAAAAAUGAACAUAACCUCCCGUCAUGGCUGCCCAACAUUAGCAAACUACGAUCAGUAUUUGAGGUUAGCUUCUUUGAUAUGCGUUCUAAAAAGGAGCCACUCUUGAAAAUCGAGACAGCGCCGUCACCCCAUAUAGUCGCGAAGAAUACUCUCCACGUUCAGGGGGCAAUUUGUGGGCGUGUGGAGCUCGUUAAGCAUCUCGCUUUCGAUCUUGAUGCCCCGUAG